UCGGCCGCCACAAGGGGUCGUUUUGUCGCUGCGAAACACUCAGGAAGAGGAGCCGCCGGACCCCCAGCUGAUGCGCUUGGACAACAUGCUGAUCGCAGAGGGUGUGGCGGGGCCAGAGAAGGGUGGAGGAGCCGGCGCCGCGGCCAACGCCUCCGCCGCCGCCGGGGCCGGAGACUCGGCCAUCGAGCACUCAGACUACCGUGCUAAGCUCUCACAGAUCAGACAGAUAUACCACCAAGAGCUCGAGAAAUACGAACAGGCCUGUAAUGAGUUCACGACCCACGUGAUGAACCUCCUGCGGGAACAGUCACGCACGCGGCCCAUCACCCCCAAGGAGAUUGAGCGUAUGGUGCAGAUCAUCCACAAGAAGUUCUCCUCCAUACAAAUGCAGCUGAAGCAGUCCACCUGUGAGGCCGUCAUGAUCCUCCGCUCACGAUUCCUGGACGCCAGGAGACGUCGUCGAAAUUUCAGCAAGCAGGCUUCUGAAAUUCUGAAUGAAUAUUUCUACUCCAACCUGUCAAACCCGUACCCCUCUGAGGAGGAAAAAGAGGCCCUGGCACGUCGGUGUGGCAUUACAAUUAACCAGGUCUCCAACUGGUUCGGUAACAAGCGGAUCAGGUAUAAGAAAAACAUAGGCAAGGCACAAGAGGAGGCCAACCUUUACGCCGCUAAGAAGGCAGCCGAUUGUACCUCAGCAGGAGCGUCGCCAUAUAGCAUGAGUGGAACUCCGGGCCCCAUGAUGUCUCCGCCACCAGGAGAAGACUCCAUGGGUUAUGGCAUACCAGGAAUGAAUGGUUCUGGAUACUCAGGAGUAGGGCAGCAAUAAGACGCGUGGGCGGUUAGCGGGUUGUGGAGUCCGGGCCGGCGUGGUGGGGUUGCCUGGUGGGCCUUCCACUAAUCUUCCCGAUGUGGCAAUGGCCAACCUGUAGGUGCCAGGCUGCCCUCCCUCGCCCCCACACUACCUCCCGCGGCCCACCCAUCCUUCAGACACACAGUGCAGGCCGUGUAACUCCGGCUCACCAGCCACGAUCGGGCUGCAUGUGGCUCUUUUUGGCCUAACCACUUCGUGGUAUGUUGGCCACAUGGGCUGCAUGUGGCCCACCUCAGGCAACAGUGAUCAGAGCUGUCAGCCCAGUGUGCAGGCAGCGGGCCGCCGCCGUGCGCCCUGCAGCUGAGCGGGACCAGCGGGGCCCGCCCAGCCCAUAGUAUACGAGAGCCGGGGCGGGUAGCCACCCACGGCCGCUCCACACACCACACUGCCGCUGCCCACGCCCACCACUCGCCCAUGGGUGACGCUCUCAUGACCCAUAGCGCUACGCCAUCUUGAUAUCCACUUGUCCACAAAGUUACCCAGCCCCAUCCAUCCAUGGUCACAUUUCUGUGAGCACACUCAGUCAGCUUGCACCUCACAACUGGACCAGCAUCUGUGUUAAGGGUCCAAGCAUGUUCAGAUAACUGGAGGAGCUAGUGAUGCAUUAAUCUUCUUGUAUACAAUAUAAAGCAAUGUAAAUAGGAAUGAAUGAGAAAAUCAGCAGGUAGCAAAGUAUGUGUUCUAGGCAGUUUUGAAUGUGUGAGACAGAAGGUGCCAUGGGAGGUGAAGGUGGGUACACAGUGGUAGUGGACCCUCCCGCUACCAGGGAACCCCAGAACCAUGUAUACGGUUGGUAUGUGAUAGUCACACUCGUGUUGCUUAUAUGUGUAGGCUUUUAAUAAAGUUUCUGCUGUUUGAACAUUCUUUAAAAAAUACACACAUGUUCCUCAUUGGCGAAUGAGCCAAAUGUACUUUGCGUCACCCCCCGGCGAGGUGGGCUACAGCGUGAUUAGCGGCCCUCCCGCCCCGCGUGACCACCCAGGUUGGUGCGGUCCACCAGGCGGUCCGCGGCGACCCGUACAAGCCUCUGUAUCCAUGUAGCAUAGGAGAGUGUGGCCAGUGAGGCCCGGCUGCCCCCCCGGCCCUGCACACGCUCCACUGGGCGGCCCACCACACCUUGGCGUGGCUAAAGGGCCACAAUGCCCAGUGGGCCCCAUCCAACCCAGUAUACGUACUCUGGACGGCAGCAGCACCAAGAUUGGAAAAAUGUAAUGGUCAGACCGAACUGGCUCUCAAGAUGUCUGUUUGUUGUUUCAACGCACAUUAAUUGGAUGUUUCUGUUGUUUUAAUUUGUGUUCAAUUGUGUUCUGAUGGGUUGUGUAAUGUGUGUGUGUGUGCUGGUCUCUGACUGGCCUCAGUUACUGUGUUCUUGAUGUUGUGGAAGUCGGAGGGUGUGGCCCUCCCUUGUCCAUAGAAAUCACUUUAUGGUCCUGGGCUAGCCACACCUGGCCGAGAGGCGGAUGACCACACUUACAUCGCCACUUUAGCCAACUCUGGUUGCAGGUGUUGUGAUGUAGGUAUGGUUGUAGGAAAACAACGGUGUGGCACCUCCCGGCCCAUCCGCAGCAAGGCACGGUUGGUUGGGCAGUGUCCUUGUGGCACUGCCUGGUUGAUGCAGGGUAUUACCUAGGAAAAGAAGAGACCACACAGAUGAUCUUGUGAUACACUGGAUAAUGAACACUUAAGGACCUGGAACUUUGAAGUAGGUCUAUUUUUAUAUGGAUAGAUAAGACUUGAAAACUGAAAUGAGAAAAAAGAUAGAUGGUCUUGUGUAAUUGUAUAUUAUUAGUAUGGAUAGAAAAUUCUAAUAAUACUCUUUGCAAUCCGUUUAACAUUUGGUAAUGUUAAGUCCUUUUCCAUACGGUUUGUACGGUAGUGUAAGGGCAGCAACGGGUCCAGGUGGUGCAUUACUGGUGACCCAAAGGACCCGGGGCUGCCAAGCGCGCAUGUUUGUAUGGGUAGUGCAGGAGUAGUGCAAGGUAGCUAGACCACAAGUAUACAGUGAUAAUACUGCAGUAUACGAAAAACAAUGUUCUUCAUUGACAAAAGUAUAACUACAAAGAAUAAGCAGAGUAGCCUGCCCUCUUUUCAUGAACUGUUAGCAUUAUUUUGACUCCUGUAGCCAGCUAAAGGGCCGUCAUCUCGUUUCCUGAUUUUUCUGAGCUGCUGAGGUGUACCGUAGUUGUCUCCAUGUAACUUAAAGCUCUCUUCUGUCUCUUCUCGCUGUUCGCUGUAGUGAAUGAUGCAAGAAUAAACCUCCUGUAUUGAAUACUUAUGAAUAACUGUAAACGUACUGCCUAGAUGUACUCUCCAAUACCGUCCUGUACCAAAAUACGUAAUUUUCUCACAAUUCUUGUAGAGAUACUGUGUAUUUUUGCUGUGUAUUUGUUCCAGUUUUGUAAUAGUAUAUGUAGUACAAUCUUGCUACUUUUUCUCCCCUUUAGGACGGUAUAGGAAAGACAGCAAAAUUGGUGCAUUCUUACUUACACAUUUUAAGGAUAUUUUUCAUGUAACCAGUUAUUGUUUUCAUUGUUUAGCCACCUUAUUUAUGUAGGAUGGGUCAUUUUGAGGAACCCACCUCAUUUCUAAGAUUACAUUUAUUUCAUUUUGAGCAAGAGUUGUGUGCUUGUACAUUAGAAUCUAUUGCGGAGGCGAAAGAUAAGUGCUACUUAUGUUUCCAAGCGCGGCAAACUGGGCAAGUAAAACUGAGUGCAAGGUACAUCCCAUCACCCAUAUUCCUGUAGGUAAUUUGUUGCCAAUUGCCCUGCUCUCUCAGCUACAACCCAUUUUCUAUGAGGACCGUUUUGUAUUAUUGUCCAUUGCCCACUUUGUCUCCUGCCUGGAAGCAUUCCAUUCACUCAUUUCACUUAGUUAUCUUAACCAUUCUAACCUCUUUGCUAUGUGAGUGUGAAGUACAUGUACAUUACUGUCUUUUGUAUUGUCAUGCAUAAGUUGCAUUGUAAGUAUUUUGGCUGCAAGAAAAGCCAGUCCUCAUGAUGAUAUUAAUUACCAUGAUGUUUUGUUAGAUUCUGCAGUCAGCUGCAGACCUAUUUGUGUUUUAAGGUUCAUCUGAAAGCUCAAACUAGAUUAUUUUAGUGUCAGGUACAGGAUAUUCUUGGUUGCAUUUACUAAAAUGCUGUAGCCACUACCCGUGACACUGACCCAUUCCUGAAACAGGGCAAUGACCUAGUGAUCGCUCAGUGUCACGGCUGCCCGCCAUGGUCCCUCAGUAUACCAGCAGGCCAGUGGUUCAGGAGUAGUGCUAACUGCUAACGCUUUGUGAGUAAAAUAAAAAAACUAAAUUCAAAUUUUUAAUGAACCUUGUUGUUAGUCUUUGACUGAAAGGUGCGGAGCAGCAUGCACUACUCCCCUCCCGUGUGGCCAAAGGCAGGGAGGCCGACCCACUGUGCCAGAGACGAAGAAGCACUGUUUAUAUGUACUGUAACAUACAAACUUUUACUAUUAGGUAUGAAUGUUAUCAAAUAAAUGAUUUCAAAGGCUA